GGCUCGACGUGCCCCGCCGCGGGGUGGUGCUCUGACUUCGGCAACCGUUGAAGGACUGCCUCGGGGGGGAAGCGGCCCCGGUCCCUUAAACACCUUUUCAAACUUACUCUGCGCUAAGAGGAAUGACUGCACCAUUUUUCUGAACUAUGGCAUUCAAAUCCUGUAGUGAGAACUUCUCUACAGAAUCCCCAAAUUGGGCAAGGAUGGUGGAGAUUUUGGCAGAUUAUGGCUUCGUCUCCUCCCAGCACUGAGGAUAUUAUUACAGACCUGUACUACAAGAAAUGAUGAAGUUCUUCAAGUGAAAAAGAAAAGAUACUAGCAGACUAUUUGGAUCUUCAGGAGCAAUGAAGGACAUCCAAAAUGCAACUUUCAUUGUUAGAGAGAGGAGAGAGAGAGAGAAGCCUUGUUGGUUGACGUCACUUGGUUCAUGAAGCCUUCGCCUAGAAGUGAAGCUGCUGAACAAACCUUGAGAAGAAUCAUCUCCUGCUUCAAUCUGCUGCUGGAUAGGAACUAAUCAGAGAGCGAGAGGCGGAAGACGGAGGAGGAGGGAGCCCAGGGCUUUCCCGAUCACAAACCUCACCUCCACUCCAACUCUCUACACUUUUCUUGCAGAAAUUAUAACAGGAAUAAGGAGGCGGUGAGGAUUUAAAAAAUCGGAACCUUAAACCAUCUGGGAAGGCACAAAUCCCAUCCACCGCAACUCUCAGUUGGGAAGUGAAGGUUUCUUAACAGUAAUGUCACAAGACUGACCACGCUGAUCACAAUAUGGAGUCUGGAGAACGGUUGCCAUCCUCAACAGCCUCCUCUACUACACCAACUUCCUCUUCCACCCCUUCUGUGGCUUCGGCAAUUUCUAAGGGUGGCCUUUCCACUGGAGCUGCUUCGCUUAGCCCUACAAUCAACCCAUGUGGACAUUUAUUCAGAGCAGCUGGGGACCAACCGUUUAACCUGUCCACAGUGUCGAGUGCCUUCCCAAUGGUCAGCCACCCAGUCUUUGGUCUACAUUCAGCCAGCUCAGGGCAUUCAGAAUUUGGUGGUUUGGGGACACUUGGUACACCCACAGCCUUAGCCGCACAUCCCCAACUAGCAUCUUUUCCAGGUGCGGAAUGGUGGCGAACAGCAGACGUUCAUACUCGUCCCGCGGCACCCUACUUCCCAUCACUACUCGGAAUUCCACCACUGUUUGCUCCUCCAGCCCAGAAUCAUGAUUCUUCAUUCCAUUCAAGGACUUCAGGAAAAAGUAACCGAAAUAGUCUUGAAAAAGGUAUAAAUGGUUCAGUUAAUGGAAACAGUACAUCAUCUGUAAUUGGUGUCAACACAUCUGUACUAGCCACUACUGCUUCAAGUUCCAUGGGACAGACUAAAGGUACCAGUUCAGGUGGUGGAAAUCUAAAAUGUAAUCAGGAACAAAGCAAAAGUCAGCCUUUGGAUGGUAGGGCUGACAAAAUCAAAGAUAAGAAACCAAGGAAGAAAGCUAUGGAAAGUUCUAGCAACACUGAUAGUGAUUCAGGCACAUCUUCAGAUACCUCAAGUGAAGGUAUUAGUAGCAGUGAUUCAGAUGAUCUAGAAGAAGAUGAAGAGGAGGAGGAUCAAAGUAUUGAAGAAAGUGAAGAGGAUGAUUCUGAUUCAGAGAAUGAAGCACAACAUAAAAGUAACAACCAGGUGCUAUUACAUGGUGUUUCAGACCCAAAAGCAGAUGGACAGAAAGCAACUGAAAAAGCCCAGGAAAAAAGAACACACCAGCCAUUACCUCUAGUGUCUGAAUCCCAGACUCACUCAUCAUUCCAAUCCCAGCAGAAGCAGCCUCAGGUUUUGUCACAGCAGCUUCCAUUUAUUUUCCAAAGCUCUCAGGCAAAGGAGGAAUCUGUGAACAAACACACCAGUGUAAUACAGUCUACGGGAUUGGUGUCUAAUGUGAAACCUUUAUCUUUGGUAAACCAAGCCAAAAAGGAAAUUUACAGGAAACUUAUAGUUCCUUCUCCUGAUGUACAUAAAGCAGGGAAUAAAAAUACCUCUGAAGAAACUAAUUCUUUGACCAGUGAAUUGCGAUCCAAACGGGAACAAUAUAAGCAGACAUUCCCGUCACAGUUAAAGAAACAGGAGUCAUCCAAGAGCCUGAAGAAGGUUAUUGCAGCUUUGUCAAACCCAAAAGCAACCUCUAGCUCACCAGCACAUCCAAAACAAACACUAGAAAACAACCACCCUAAUCCAUUCUUGACAAAUGCACUUUUAGGUAACCACCAACCAAAUGGAGUUAUUCAAAGUGUCAUUCAAGAAGCUCCUCUAGCACUUACUACCAAAUCUAAAGUUCAGAGUAAACUUAAUGAAAACAUUGCUACAGCAAGCAACACCCCCUUUUCUUCACCUGUGAAUCUGAGUACAAGUGGAAGAAGAACACCUGGCAAUCAGACCCCUGUAAUGCCCUCUGCCUCUCCUGUACUCCAUAGUCAAGGGAAGGAGAAAGCAACGAGCAAUAACACAAACACAUUAAAAACACAACAUCACUCUCAUCCUGCAAAGUCUCUGGUGGAACAAUUCAGAGGAACAGAUUCAGAUAUUCCUAGCAGUAAAGAUUCAGAAGAUUCAAAUGAGGAUGAAGAGGAAGAUGAUGAAGAAGAUGAAGAAGAUGAUGAAGAUGAUGAAUCUGAUGACAGCCCAUCAGAAUCAGAUAGUAAUUCAGAAUCAGAUACAGAAGGAUCAGAAGAAGGAGAUGAUGAUGAUAAAGACCAAGAUGAGUCAGAUAGUGAUACUGAAGGAGAAAAAUCAUCAAUGAAACUGAAUCAAACAACUUCCUCUGCCAAAAGCCCUUCUGUUAGUCUCCCAGCUCACUCCACACCUCGAAACCUCCACAUAGGAAAAACUCCAAGCUCUGCCCCUGCUGCCUUAUGUUCUGAAUCUCAGUCACCCCCGGCUUUUCUUGGCACAUCUUCUUCCACACUUACUUCCAGUCCACAUUCAGGCACUUCCAAAAGAAGAAGAGUAACAGAUGAACGUGAACUUCGUAUUCCUUUGGAAUAUGGCUGGCAGAGAGAGACAAGAGUAAGAAACUUUGGUGGGCGCCUUCAAGGAGAAGUAGCAUAUUAUGCUCCAUGUGGAAAGAAACUUAGGCAGUACCCUGAUGUAAUAAAGGGAAUGCAGUGGUGUCUUUUGAAAGAAGAGGAUGUCAUUCCUCGUAUCAGGGCAAUGGAAGGCCGCAGGGGAAGACCACCAAAUCCAGAUAGACAGAGAGCAAGAGAGGAAUCCAGGAUGAAACGUCGGAAGGGUCGACCUCCAAAUGUUGGCAAUGCUGAAUUCCUGGAUAACACAGAUGCCAAAUUACUAAGAAAACUGCAAGCUCAAGAAAUAGCCAGGCAAGCAGCACAAAUAAAACUUUUGAGAAAACUUCAAAAACAAGAACAGGCUCGGGUUGCCAAAGAAGCUAAAAAACAACAAGCAAUAAUGGCUGCCGAGGAGAAAAGAAAGCAAAAAGAACAAAUCAAGAUUAUGAAACAACAGGAAAAAAUUAAAAGGAUACAGCAAAUCAGAAUGGAAAAAGAACUUCGAGCUCAGCAAAUUCUAGAGGCUAAAAAGAAAAAGAAGGAAGAAGCGGCAAAUGCCAAAUUAUUGGAAGCCGAGAAACGAAUAAAGGAGAAAGAAAUGAGAAGACAACAAGCUGUCCUUCUGAAGCAUCAGGAGUUGGAGAGGCAUAGACUAGAUAUGGAACGGGAGAGAAGGAGACAACACAUGAUGCUUAUGAAAGCUAUGGAAGCUCGUAAGAAAGCAGAAGAAAAAGAGCGGUUGAAACAAGAAAAACGUGAUGAGAAAAGAUUAAAUAAAGAGCGUAAACUGGAGCAACGGAGAUUAGAACUAGAAAUUGCAAAGGAGCUAAAGAAGCCAAAUGAAGACAUGUGCUUAGCAGACCAAAAGCCUUUGCCAGAGUUGCCUCGUAUUCCAGGACUUGUUCUCUCUGGAAGUACAUUUUCAGACUGUCUCAUGGUGGUGCAGUUCUUACGAAACUUUGGUAAAGUUUUGGGCUUUGAUGUGAAUAUUGAUGUUCCAAACCUGAGUGUUCUUCAAGAGGGAUUACUAAAUAUAGGGGACAGCAUGGGUGAAGUCCAAGACCUACUGGUGAGGCUCCUCUCCGCUGCUGUGUGUGAUCCAGGUCUAAUUACAGGAUACAAGGCCAAAACAGCUCUUGGAGAACAUUUGCUGAAUGUUGGUGUGAACCGAGACAAUGUGUCUGAGGUUUUGCAGAUUUUUAUGGAAAAUCACUGUGGACAAACUGAGCUCACUGAAAGCCUGAAGACCAAAGCUUUUCAGGCUCACACUCCAGCACAGAAGGCUUCAAUCCUGGCUUUCCUGAUCAAUGAACUGGCAUGCAGUAAGAGUGUGGUGAGUGAAAUUGAUAAGAACAUUGAUUAUAUGUCAAACUUGAGGAGAGAUAAAUGGGUAGUUGAAGGUAAACUCCGCAAGCUUAGAAUCAUCCAUGCUAAGAAGACAGGCAAAAGAGACACCUCUUGUGGCAUUGACCUUGGCGAAGAGCAGCAUCCUUUGGGCACACCCACUCCAGGGCGCAAGCGAAGAAGGAAGGGAGGAGACAGUGAUUAUGAUGAUGAUGAUGACGAUGAUAGUGAUGACCAAGCUGAUGAGGACGAUGAAGAUGAAGAAGAUAAAGAUGACAAAAAAGGGAAGAAGACUGAUAUCUGUGAAGAUGAGGAUGAAGGUGACCAAGCAGCAAGUGUGGAAGAACUAGAAAAACAGAUUGAAAAACUGAGUAAACAACAGAGUCAGUACAGAAGAAAGCUUUUCGAUGCUUCUCAUUCUUUACGUUCAAUGAUGUUUGGCCAGGAUCGAUACAGACGCCGAUACUGGAUUCUUCCCCAGUGUGGGGGGAUAUUUGUGGAAGGCAUGGAGAGUGGUGAAGGACUAGAAGAAAUUGCAAAGGAAAAGGAAAAGCUUAAAAAGGCAGAAAGUAUACAAAUUAAAGAAGAAAGGUUUGAGACUCCUGUAGACACUUUAAAUUGCUCAAAUACAGAUCACCAGGAACAAAAGGAAGAUCUUAAGGAAAAAGACAACACAAAUCUGUUUCUUCAGAAGCCUGGCUCUUUCUCCAAAUUAAGCAAGCUUUUGGAAGUAGCUAAGAUGCCUCCCGAGUCAGAUAUUUUGACCCCCAAACCAAAUACUAGUGCUAAUGGGUGUACACUGUCUUAUCAGAACAGUGGGAAACAUUCACUGGGCAGCAUUCCAUCAGCAGCAACACAAAGCAACAUGGAGAAGACGGACUCCAAUCUAUUUAACACUGGUUCAAGUGGUCCAGGGAAAUUCUACAGUCCUCUCCCCAAUGACCAGUUGUUAAAAACAUUGACUGAAAAGAAUAGACAGUGGUUUAGCCUUUUGCCAAGAACACCUUGUGAUGACACUUCUCUUACCCAUGCGGAGAUGUCAAGUGUGUCUUUGGUGAUUCCUCAGUCCCAGCCACCAUCGAAGUCACCUUCACCUGCCCCAGCUCCUCUUAUUGGGUCAUCUUCUCAGAAUCCUGUUGGCUUAAAUCCAUUUGCUUUAUCGCCUCUACAGAUGAAAAGUGGAGUGUCUAUGAUGGGACUUCAGUUUUGUGGGUGGCCCGCCGGUGUACUUACCUCCAAUAUUCCAUUUACAUCACCUUUGCCUAACUUGGGACCAGGGUUGGGACUAUCAGAAGGAAAUGGUAAUUCAUUCUUGACUUCCAGUGUUGCAUCAAGUAAAAGUGAAUCUCCAGUCCCUCUGAAUGAAAAACCCUCUUCCACUCAACCAGCAGCUCUUGAAGUAGCAAAACCAGUAGAUUUUCCCAGUCCAAAACCCAUUCCAGAAGAAAUGCAAUUUGGUUGGUGGAGAAUUAUUGACCCAGAAGAUCUAAAAACUUUACUCAAAGUUCUACAUCUUAGAGGAAUAAGAGAAAAGGCAUUACAAAAACAGAUUCAGAAACAUUUGGAUUAUAUUACUCAAGCGUGUAUCAAGAAUAAGGAUGUUGCUAUUAUUGAAUUAAAUGAAAAUGAAGAAAACCAGGUGACUCGAGAUAUUGUGGAAAACUGGUCAGUAGAAGAACAAGCAAUGGAGAUGGAUUUGAAUGUCCUUCAGCAGGUAGAAGACCUAGAAAGGAGAGUUGCAUCAGCAAGUUUGCAAGUGAAGGGUUGGAUGUGUCCAGAGCCCGCAUCAGAAAGGGAGGACUUGGUAUAUUUUGAACAUAAGUCAUUUACUAAAUUGUGCAAGGAGCAUGAUGGAGAAAUUACUGGCGAAGACGAAAACAGUGCACAUGCACUAGAACGGAAGAGUGACAACCCCCUAGAUAUAGCUGUAACCAGGCUGGCUGAUUUGGAGCGGAACAUUGAAAGAAGGUAUCUGAAGAGCCCCUUAAGUACCACCAUUCAGAUCAAACUGGAUAAUGUGGGCACAGUUACUGUCCCUGCUCCUGCACCAUCCAUUAGUGGUGAUGGUGACGGAAUUGAAGAGGAUAUUGCUCCAGGGCUCAGGGUAUGGAGAAGGGCAUUAUCAGAAGCUCGCAGUGCUGCACAGGUAGCUCUGUGCAUUCAGCAGUUACAGAAAUCAAUAGCAUGGGAAAAAUCAAUUAUGAAAGUUUACUGCCAAAUCUGUCGGAAAGGAGAUAAUGAAGAGCUGCUUCUCCUUUGUGACGGCUGUGACAAAGGCUGUCAUACCUACUGCCACAGACCCAAGAUUACCACCAUACCAGAUGGUGACUGGUUUUGUCCAGCUUGCAUUGCUAAGGCAAGUGGUCAAACUAUAAAAGUCAAAAAACUUCAUGUCAAAGCAAAAAAGACCAAUGAGUUGAAGAAAGGCAAGAAAGUAGCUUUAACAGGGGAUACUGAAGAUGAAGACUCUGCAUCUACCAGUAGUUCCCUGAAAAGAGGAAACAAAGACCUCAAAAAAAGAAAAAUAGAGGAAAACACUUCUGCUAACUCAGCAAAACAAGAAAAUUUUACUUCUGUUAAGAAACCUAAAAGAGAUGAUAGCAAGGACCUGGGCCUGUGCAGUAUGAUCCUGACAGAAAUGGAGACUCAUGAGGAUGCAUGGCCUUUCUUACUUCCUGUAAACUUGAAACUUGUUCCUGGUUAUAAGAAAGUUAUCAAAAAGCCCAUGGAUUUUUCCACAAUUAGAGAUAAACUAAGUAAUGGACAGUAUCCAAACCUUGAAGCCUUUGCUCUAGAUGUCAGGCUUGUUUUUGACAACUGUGAAACAUUUAAUGAAGAUGAUUCUGAUAUAGGCAGAGCUGGCCACAGUAUGAGGAAAUAUUUUGAAAAAAAAUGGACAGAUACUUUCAAAGUGAGCUGAAUUUAUAACCUCUCCCUUCUUUUUCCCUUACACAAGGACAAAUAAGACCAGCAAUGUGAACUAUUUUUACAUAAAUGUGCAAGGCACAUAUCUAAUGACUUCUUUUCCUUAAAAUAUGUAUCAAAAAAAGUAUCAGAAGAAUGAUACCAUUUUUAAAGGCUUCACUCCUACAACAACCAAGACCCUGGGUUUUUGGUUCGUGUGAUUUAUCAGCUGAUUUAGGUAGAACAGGGAAGCACACCCAAAGAAUUUUCCAAGGAAAGGGUGUUAGAGUGCAAUAGCAAUUAAAAUAUAUCAAACCGCACUGAAUAUCCAACACCAGAGCUCUAAUGUGGGAAAUGAUUCUCCUUUCCCUCUCAAUAAAUAUCUAUUUUUCCUUUUUUUACUUUGUAGUUUAUUUUUUAGUGAAUGUAUUUAAUUUUAUGAAUUAUUUAUGAUUAAACCACAUCCAGAAUCUUCGUUUUCUGUGAAAAGGAAGAACUAGAAAAAAAAUUGCUUUAAAUCUUGAAAAUACAACAAGGAAUGUUUUAAAAUAUAAAACAAAGCCAAGUUAAACUGUUUACACUGAUGUGCUAUUAAAGCACCAAAAAUUAACUUUACUGUAGAAUUACAAGUACAUUUAUAUAUAUACAUAUAUAUAUACAUAUAUAUGUUGCUGAGUCACUUGUGUAGUUAAAUUGUAUUUCAAGACAGUGAAAAGAAUGACAUGUAUAUAAUGUUCAUUAUUGUUUAUAUUGUCUUGUUUUAAAUAUAUAUUAUGUGUAUAUAUUGUUUGGAGACAUUAUUGUUUAUGCCUUAGAAGGGUUGUAGCAUUUUAUUUUAGUCUGAAGGUAAUUACAGCUCUCCGGCUUGUACAGUAAUUAUCCUCUACCAACACUGUGGCGUCUCCCUAAUCUUGGUAGUGCCUGCCUUUGAAACAGGGUGUAGGGGAUAGUAAUUUUCCAUGUUUCUAUUUUGUUAUAUAAUUUUAAGCCACCAGGGUGGAAAUUGAAGUAUAAUCAUUUGUAUCCAUGUGGAACCAGAUCGUGACAACUUCCUACACACACAGUAUUUUUCAUGGAGACUUCUCCCUCCCAUUGACUUGCCUCAAAAAUAAAUGUAAAAGACAUUUGUAGCCACUGUGUUUUAUCUACUGUGUCUUGUGGUGGCCUGUUGGAGGACAAUAGAUCAGACUUUUUUUGUACUGAUGUAAGAGUACUUGAAGUUUUAUUUAAAAUAAAAUGUUGUGGAAAAGGUAGCAUUCUUUUUUUAGGAGUGUUAUUUUUCACUACUAUGUGUGGCACGGAUACAAUAAAAGACUUUUACAAACCAG